UUUUUUUCUUGAAUUAGGUACCGUUGAAUGAUAUGAUGGAGGUGUUCGGUUCGGGUAUUUCAUAUCAUGAUGUAAUGAUAUUUUGAGAAGCGAGGCGGGUUUUGUUUUUAAGCUUUUUUAUUUAUUAAAAAUUGAGCCCGGAAGGAAGUGACGAGCGAAGGAAAACCCCCGCCGGCGCGCGAUGCUGGAUGUGCAAAAUGUGCUCAGGGAAGGAUUCGACAACGGCGGGAUUGCGGGUGUCGACACUGGGAUCGACACCGCUUUGCUCAACUUCACGGACGACGGCUCGGAUCCGUUCGACGGGUUCGCCGAAUUUGAGACCUCUUUCGCUGCUGCGGCUUCUUCCUCGCUCCGCAGCCAGUUGUUCCUGGAUCAGCUGCAGAUCCCCAGGGACUUGUGGAACCUGACGGUGCAAUUAUUCAAUGACGAGAUCCUGCUGAACUCCUCGACGUACGUACAAGACGGCUUCGUGCACGAGGUGUACACGUUUCAUCCGAAAGCCCAGUGUGCGAUGCUCAUUGUGUUGACGUGCACAACGCUCAUUGUCAACUUGUCCAUCGUGGCGAAUGUGCAAAGGAACGAGAUCAAGCGACGCAUGGCCAAUUUCACGCUCAUUUCGCAUCUGUGCACUGUGGACAUGCUUGGCGCUGUGUUCAUCUCGCCGCUGCCGUUUUGGGCCACUUGGGAGGGCUUUUGGAUGCACAACGAGUUUGUGUGCAUGUCUAGCUGCGUGGCAGUGGUGGCCAUGUGGCUUCAGCACAUUCUCGUCUUUUCCUUGCUCAAAAUUGAUCAGGUAUUUGCUGGUUGGUUACCGGUGGGAGCGUAUCCGGCGAUAUCCGCCGACGUGGCGACAUUCGUGGUGCUGGGCAUUUGGGCAAUAGCAUUUGGCUCCAGCGGUCUUGUGGUGUCUGUGUACGGGUCUAUCUUCGAGCCGGCCGUAAUGCUUUGUAUUCCCAAUCUGCCGCCUUCCUUCUUCAUUACGGUCUUCAUUAUCUACUGCCUCAUCAUUGCUUCCAUGGUGUUGGGUUACGCCGUUGUGGCGUGUAUCAUUUGGCGCCACCGGUUGAAG